AUGGACGAGACCCAGCCAUUGCUCGCACCGGUACCACCGCCUACCACCGCAGCUGGGCAAUUUCCAUACAUACCGGAUGUCAAUGUUCCAAAUGAUGAAUCUUUCGAUCAUAGAGUCGAUUUCAAUCCUAAUGGAGACCCGGAAAAUCCAUUAGAGUGGCCAAAAGCUUAUCACAAUGGAGUGAUUUUGCUUUUAGCUUUUAUGGCUUUCACAGUAACAUUCACCUGUAUCGGUGUCGUUCCCAUCGCUCGACAAAUUAUCCUCGAUCUCGAGAAUCAAGAAUCAAAAUCUGCAUCCGUUCUUCUGGUUACGAUAUGGGAACUCGGAGAAGCAGCUGGUCCGUUACUCAUUGCCCCACUUUCCGAAGUGUACGGUCGAGCGGCGGUCUUCAACGUGGCAAAUGUUUUGUUCAUUAUCUGGACCGUCGUGGCUGCAUGUAGUCAAACGUCGCAUUUAUUCAUUCUGUCGAGAUUCAUGACGGGUUGUGCGGUGGCUUCGAAUGUUCUAAAUCCGGCUGUUAUCGGCGAUAUGUUACCACCUGACCAAAGAGGUUCAGCUAUGGCAACUCUCAUGCUUGCACCACUUUUGGGUGGUGCUAUCGGACCUGCUAUUACUGGAGCAAUUGCUCAGUCGAUCGGAUGGAGAAAUGUUCUCUGGUUUGCGGCGGGUAUGGCUGGUGUUUGCGAGCUUUGUUUUAUUCUUCUCUUUCGGGAAACGUAUAAAAUUCGUAUCUUACAACGAAGAAUUGCAAGGUUAAAGAAGCAGAAGAAUGAGGAUGGUCUGGCACUCAAAGUUGUGGUGGAAGAAGAGUGUGAACAUACAGCGCUUGCUAUAUGGAAGGCUAUCAAAAGACCCGCAGCAGUAUUUGGGGGAUCUUUCGUGCUGCAAAUUUUGUCCCUUUAUGGUGCAAUUGUGUUUACGUUCUAUUACAUCAUGUCGACAACUUUACCGGAGGUUCUGAAAAAUGUCUAUGGAUUUGCUCCCACGACAAUUGGUUCUUCUUUCAUCGCUUUUAGCGUUGGAUCAACCUUUGCCGUCUUCCUUUGUAAUAUGCUUAUAGAUCGCAUUUACAUCUAUCUCCGAACCAAAAAUAACAAUCAAUCACAUCCAGAAUUUCGCAUGCCUCUCACCAUAAUCAGCGGUUGCAUUCUUCCCAUCUCCGUCGCGCUCUUUGGAUGGACCGCCGCGAAAGGUUGGCCCGUUGCAUUACUUCUCUUUCUAGUCGGUCUCCAGGGUUUCGCUAUCUUAACGGGUAUGGUUCCUUUGAUGGCUUAUGUGGUGGAUGCAUUUGGAUUGUAUUCGGCAAGUGCUUUGACGGCGGUACUCAUUGCGAGAUGUUUGAUGAGUACAUUCUUACCGUUGGUGGUUGGUCCAUUGACUGAUCAGUUGGGAUAUGGAUGGGGAUUUAUGAUUGUUUCAGGUGUGUGUUUAGUGGUAGCGCCUGUGCCUUGGUUGGUUAUGAGAUAUGGUGAGAAGUGGAGACAGUGCUCUGCCUAUACGAGAGAUGAUUGA